AUGAGCAGCUUACGUAUCUUUGAACUCUUAGCAUCUCAAUCAACUUUAUCUGUCUGCAAUCCCCCACCCUUUGCAAUGUCAUUGACUAAUGACAUCUCGUUGCUGCCUUUGGCUACGAUCAAUGAUCACACACUCACUUCUCAUAUUGCAUCCCGUUUCCACCAGGGCAUGCCUUAUGUUGUCAUUUCAACAGGUGCACUUGUGGCAGUAAAUACAUUUACACCUUUUGACAUCAAUCAAGAACAGAACUUCAAAGACCUUGCUGCUAGAGCAUAUAACCGCUUAUGCAAACGCGGUGAAAAUCAAGUCAUAAUAUUUCUUGGUGAAUCUGGCUCUGGCAAAACUGACUUUCGAGAUUGUCUUUCUGGCCACCUGCUAACUCUUGCAAACAACCCUCUUUCUGCUAAAAUCAAAAAUGCCGACUUUAUUUUUUCAGCAUUCACAACCACUAAAACAAUGACGAGCAUAUCUGCAUCGAGAGCAGGUCAUGUCUUAGAACUUCAAUAUGGAAAAGAUGCCACUCUCAUUGGCGCAAAUAUUUUGGACUAUAGACUUGAACGUGCUCGUAUCACUAACGUUCCAACUGGUGAACGUAACUUUCAUGUUUUUUACUACCUGCUUGCCGGCAUGUCUGACUCUGAAAGAGAACAUCUGGCUUUGGAUGACAUUCAUUCAGCACGUUACAAAUACCUUGGCCAUCAUACCCAGAUGAAGGUAGGUAUUGAUGAUCAUGCUCGAUUCACUAAACUUAAGUCUGCAUUUAGAGCUCUUGAGUUUUCCCGCACAGACAUUGCCAAUAUUUGUCAAGUUCUUGCAGCUAUUAUUCAUAUCGGUCAACUUUCCUUCCGUUCCACUGGUUCUGAUGGCACUCGUGGUCCCUCUACUGUGGUUGAUAAUGUCGAAACCCUUGAAUAUAUUGCCAGUUUUUUGGGUGUCAGAUCGAAUCUUCUUGAAAACGCUUUGAGCUAUAAAACAGUUUACAUUAAAAAUGACAGAGUUACUUUGGUUUUGGACCAAAAGGGUGCACGAGAAAAUGCUGAUGAAUUGGCAAGAGCUCUUUAUACACUUUUAUUUGUUUGGAUUAUGGAACAAAUCAACUCCUCCCUUUCUCAGGACCGCAACUCUGCCCUUGCAGGUAUUACCCCCAUUGUCGACAAUACCAUUGCUAUUGUCGAUUUCCCAGGCUUUUCGACUUCAUCUGGUGUUCCUACUAUUGACAAGCUUCUUCACAACUCUGCCAAUGAAAUUCUUUAUAACUAUAUGCUCAAGUGUUACUUUGAAACACCAGUUGAAAAGUUCACAAGUGAAGAAGUUGUUGUUCCCCAAAGCGAGUACUUUGACAACUCUGAUACUGUUCGCACUCUUUUCCGCCACUCUUUAGGUGCCCUUUCAGUCAUUGAUGAUUAUUCCCGUCGUGAGAAGAGUGAUAAUGAACUCAUGGACACUUUCAGAAAGAGAUACGACAAGAACCCCUCUCUUGAUGCCAUUUCUUCUCGCAGAUCUUUCACUGUUCGUCAUUUUGCUGGAGAAGUUGAGUAUAUGGUAGACGGUCUUCUUAGUGCCAACUCUGAAAUUAUUUCCGGUGAUAUUAUUAAUCUUUUCACAUCUUCCUCAUCAUCAGAUUUCCUCCAAACUGUUUUCAGUUCGAGUGCUGUUGUCGACUCUAAAUUUGGUAGCGAGGUAGUUGCAGCUCAUCUCUCUUCUAAGCCUCUUCGUGCACCCUCAGUGGUAAAGCGAGGCAAUUCACAGCGAAGCAUUAAUGGCUCAGGUGCCAAUGGCGCAGGAAAGAAAAAGAAGAAACUUAGUUCAAAAGCAAAUGCAAGUGGUCAAUUUGUCAAUGCAAUUGACAGCUUGAUUGAUUCUUUUGAGGAUGCCAACCCAUACUUUGUUGUGUGUUUAAAGCCCAACGAUCGUCGUCUUAAAAACCAGUUUGAUGCACGUUGUGUUAGACAACAGAUCCAAGCAUUUGGUAUCCCUGAAAUUGCUAGACGAGUGAAAACCACUGAUUUUAGUGUAUUUUUACCAUUCAAUGAAUUUAUUCGAUAUUCAAGCGCUGAUGGUACUGUGCCUACUACUGAUGAAUCUGGUAUUCCAAUUAGUGAACAUGAUGUGGCCAUUCGACUUAUCCAAUCUCGAGGAUGGCCUGAACGUGAUGCAAGGUACGGUCUUUCAGGUGUCUUUUUGUCUGAAAAUGCUUGGUUACAACUUGUUGACCCCAAGAUGUCUUUUGCUGAAAAUGCCAAUCAAAUUUACCUUGAAGCUGGUAACCGUGCAUAUCCUAAUUACACUGAUGGUGAUGGUUACUAUUAUGAUCCAGACUCGAAAUCUAUCAAUGCUGCUGGUGGACCUGGUGGAGAUAUGUUCAGAUUUACAGAUACUAAGUCUAUGUCCAAAGAUGCUCUUAUCCAUGCGAAGGAGAAUGCAGAUGAGGAUCAAAUUGAUGAAGUUCCUGUUUCAAAGGCCCGUCGAUUUUGGAUGGCUAUUGUCUGGACGUUGACGUGGUGGAUUCCUGACUUCUUCAUUAGGAUUAUUGGCAGAAUGCCGCGUAAAGAUGUUCGUAUUGCUUGGAGAGAAAAACUUGCAAUUAACAUAUUAAUCUGGCUAAGUUGUGCUGGUGUUAUUCUUUUCCUUGUCGGCUUCCCAAUUUUGAUUUGUCCUACUCAGCAUGUAUACUCAACGCAAGAAAUGACAUCCUUUACAUAUGAUAAUGAUCCCAAACAUACUUAUGGCUAUGUCCGUGGUGUUGUUUUGGAUUUGACUAAAUUUGCUCCUAGUCAUUACCCAUCUAUUGUCCCAACCGAUGACGUUCUGGAUUAUGGUGGCAAGGACAUGACUGAUCUUUUUCCUGUUCAAAUUUCUGCUCUUUGUAAUGGUGUCAAUGGAUCAGUGGAUCCUACAAUUGUUUUGGGUACUGGUUAUAACUAUUCCGAUACCAAUGGUCAAUAUCAUGAUUUCCGUUAUUUUAAAAAUGAUUCUCGUCCUGAUUGGUAUUAUGAAAAAAUGAAGUACUUGCGUUCCAACUACAAAAAGGCAUAUAUGGGAUAUACUCAUAAGGACAUUAAGAAGCUUUUAACUAAGGAGAGUCGCACUAUGGCUUCUAUUCAUGGUUACCUUUAUGAUAUUACUCAAUAUGUUGCGGGUGAUCUUAAUGUGCGUGCGCCAGCUGGAGAAGAAGUUGACAAAUCUCAAAUUGACACUCAAUUUAUGGCACCAGAGAUCAUUUCUUUAAUUCAGUCCAACAAUGGAAAUGAUAUUACAAAACGAUGGGAAAAUUUGGAUAUUGAUCUUGAAUUACGCAAUAAUAUGAUGGAAUGUUUGAACAAUAUCUUUUUGAUUGGUAAAGUCGAUACAAGAGGUUCCGUCAAAUGUAUGUUUGCUCGUUACUUUUUGCUCGCUAUUUCAUGUUUCAUGGUAGCAGUAAUUGCCAUCAAGUUUAUUGCUGCUUUGCAGUUUUCCAAGAAGAGCGUCCCAGAUUCUAUCGAAAACUUUUUGAUUUGCCAGGUUCCGGCAUAUACCGAAGAUGAAGAAUCGCUACGCCGUGCCAUUGAUUCAUUGGCACGUACCAAAUAUGACGAUAAGCGCAAGCUUUUGUUUGUUAUUUGUGAUGGUAUGAUUAUUGGUGCUGGUAACGAUCGUCCCACCCCUCGCAUCGUUUUGGACAUUGUUGGUCACAACAAUGAUCUCGAUCCACCUGCGCUUAGUUUUGAGAGUUUGGGAGAGGGUGCUAAGCAGCAUAAUAUGGGAAAGAUUUACUCUGGGUUGUACGAAGUCCAGGGCCAUAUUGUGCCAUACAUUGUUCUUGUUAAAGUUGGUAAGCCAACUGAGAUUAAUCGACCUGGAAACCGUGGUAAGCGUGACUCACAAAUGAUUUUGAUGCGUUUCUUAAACCGUGUUCAUCACAAUUUGCCUAUGAGUCCUCUUGAACUUGAACUUUAUCAUCAGAUUCAAAAUGUCAUUGGUGUGAACCCUGCGUAUUACGAGUUUUUGAUGCAAGUCGAUGCCGAUACAGAAGUCAGUGACGAAUCAACAGCGCAACUUGCAUCAGCUCUACAUCACAAUGGUAAAAUUCAAGCUAUUUGUGGUGAAACGGCACUUUCCAACUCUAAAAAGUCAAUCAUUACAAUGAUGCAGGUCUAUGAAUAUUACAUUUCGCAUAACCUUGCUAAGGCCUUUGAAAGUUUGUUUGGAUCAGUCACCUGUUUGCCUGGUUGUUUCUCAAUGUAUCGCAUUUACCAAGCUGGAACAGGUAAACCUGUUUUUGUUGCUCACCCUAUUGUUCGCGACUAUGCCGAGAAUCGCGUUGACACACUGCAUAUGAAAAACCUGCUGCAUCUCGGUGAAGAUCGUUACCUUACUACUUUACUGCUUAAGCAUAAUUCACAUUUGAAAACAAAGUUUCUUCGUGUUGCACACGCCUGGACUGUGGCACCCGACACUUGGAGCGUUUUCUUGUCUCAAAGACGUCGUUGGAUUAACUCGACUGUCCAUAACUUGGUGGAACUGAUUCCUUUGUCGCAACUUUGUGGUUUCUGCUGUUUCUCUAUGCGUUUCAUUGUUUUCCUUGAUUUGAUCAGUACCAUUGUUCAGCCUGUUACCGUCGGUUACCUUGCCUAUCUUUUCUAUUUGAUUGGUAAGACGCCAGAUAAUAUUCCCUUGACUUCUAUUAUUUUGCUGUGUGCCGUUUAUGGUCUGCAAGCUCUCAUCUUUUUGCUGCGUCGCAAAUGGGAGAUGGUUGGUUGGAUGUUUUUCUACAUUCUGGGUAUCCCCAUUUUCUCACUUUUUGUCCCCAUUUACUCAUUCUGGUACAUGGAUGAUUUCUCGUGGGGUAGUACUCGUGUUGUUAUGGGUGAAAAGGGUAAGAAGCUCAUUAUGAGUAGUGAGGGCCACUUUGAUCCCUCGGAAAUCCCCAUGCAACGCUGGCAAGAUUACCAGGCUGAUGCUUGGAAUAAUUACCACGACAUGUACGACCGCAUGGACGCCGAGUCUGUGGCACCAUCGUACGCACAAUCCAACGUAGACGUGCUUGCAAAGUCUGUCUACUCGAUGCCCAUGAGCAGCAUGCCUGGGCUUGCAUCCGAGAUGGGCUCUACAUAUGGGGAACCCUCGAUGCACAAGGGCUUUACCGGUGUGCGCACCACCGAGGCUGGAGAUGUGGAGAUGGGAGUUCUCCGCAACGUGCCGACCACAGGAAGUGGUGGCAGCAAUAUGCCCUCGGACGAGGCUAUCACAAACGAGAUUCGCGAGAUUCUGUCGACUGCGGAUCUUAUGACGGUGACAAAGAAGAGCAUAAGACACCACUUGGAGCGCCAUUUCGGGGUCAAGUUGUCGGCAAAGCGCGACUACAUCAAUUACGUUACAGAGGCCAUUCUUACUGGUCAACUAUAA